AGAUCUGGCAACGCCCUUGCCGGAGUCUUCGCUACUAACCGCCGCCGAGAGCCUAGGUUGGAGUCUCUGCUCUACCUCCACCGACCGCAUCUAUCGAUUCCUCAUCGAUAUACGUGCUAAAGCAGCCCUGAUUUUUUAGACACGCGUCUGAAAGCGGAAAAAAACGUGAACUCGUCGGAGAAGCAGCAUUUUCCAAGCCCAUAGCGCUUGUAAUUGUAAUUGUUGGCACAAGCAGGCCAGCCAAAUCCGAUACGGAAACGUCUCAGUUUCAAGCCGAACAAAGGGAAUUGUGUGCGAGGAACGAAAAGAACCGAACAAAAAGUACAGACCCCUGAAAUUUCACACGAGAACGCAGUAGCUUGUGGAACGUAAGAAGUUUUUGUCGGAAAAACUAAGGAAAAACGUAUAGACACAAAGUGCAACACCAACACAACGAUCGUAUACAUUUUUUUGUCGCAAAUUGCAAGUGUGCAUUCAAAAAAAAAGUCAAAGCGUAACCAUUGCAAAAUUUUCCUAAACGGAAAGCAAGAAAAAAAAAGCAUCUGAUUGGAGGAUAAUAUGAGUAAUGCUAUUAACCAAAAUGGCACAGGUCUAGAGCAGCAAGUUGCUGGUCUGGACUUGAAUGGCGGCUCUGCUGACUACAGCGGCCCCAUAACAAGCAAGACUUCCACUAACUCGGUCACCGGUGGUGUGUAUGUGCCCCCGCAUCUUCGUGGUGGUGGUGGCAAUAACAACGCAGCGGACGCAGAGAGCCAGGGCCAAGGACAGGGCCAGGGCUUCGACUCCAGAUCCGGGAAUCCGCGCCAGGAGACUAGGGACCCGCAACAGUCGCGCGGAGGCGGAGGCGAAUACCGCAGAGGCGGCGGCGGUGGUGGUCGCGGCUUCAAUCGCCAGAGCGGCGACUACGGUUACGGAAGCGGCGGCGGAGGACGUCGUGGAGGCGGUGGACGCUUCGAGGACAACUACAACGGUGGUGAAUUCGAUUCGCGUCGCGGCGGUGACUGGAAUCGCAGCGGCGGAGGAGGAGGUCGAGGAUUUGGACGCGGCCCAUCGUACCGCGGCGGCGGCGGCGGAAGCGGUAGCAACCUCAACGAGCAGACUGCCGAGGAUGGCCAGGCACAGCAGCAGCAGCAGCCGCGCAACGAUCGUUGGCAGGAGCCAGAACGUCCUGCCGGAUUCGAUGGCAGCGAGGGCGGACAAUCUGCCGGCGGCAACAGAAGCUACAACAAUCGCGGCGAGCGCGGAGGCGGUGGUUACAACAGCCGCUGGAAGGAGGGCGGCGGCUCAAACGUCGACUACACAAAGCUGGGCGCCCGAGACGAGCGCCUGGAGGUGGAGCUGUUCGGCGUGGGCAAUACGGGAAUCAAUUUUGACAAAUACGAGGAUAUACCCGUGGAGGCGACGGGCCAGAACGUGCCCCCGAACAUCACAUCGUUCGAUGAUGUGCAGCUGACGGAGAUUAUCCGCAACAACGUGGCCCUAGCACGUUAUGACAAACCGACACCGGUGCAAAAGCACGCCAUUCCGAUCAUUAUCAAUGGCCGGGAUCUAAUGGCCUGCGCCCAGACCGGAUCCGGCAAGACGGCCGCCUUCCUGGUACCGAUUCUCAACCAGAUGUAUGAGCUGGGGCAUGUGCCCCCGCCGCAAAGCACCCGGCAGUACAGCCGGCGCAAGCAGUAUCCGUUGGGUCUGGUGCUGGCGCCGACCCGUGAACUGGCCACCCAGAUCUUUGAGGAGGCCAAGAAGUUCGCCUAUCGCUCGCGAAUGCGCCCGGCAGUGCUGUACGGCGGCAACAAUACCAGCGAGCAGAUGCGCGAGCUGGACCGCGGUUGCCACCUGAUUGUGGCCACACCCGGUCGCCUGGAGGAUAUGAUCACACGCGGAAAGGUGGGACUGGAGAACAUUCGAUUCCUUGUACUGGAUGAGGCUGAUCGUAUGUUGGACAUGGGUUUCGAGCCGCAGAUUCGUCGCAUCGUCGAACAGCUGAACAUGCCGCCAACCGGACAGCGCCAGACGCUUAUGUUCUCGGCCACAUUCCCCAAGCAGAUCCAGGAGCUGGCCAGCGAUUUCCUCAGCAACUAUAUUUUCUUGGCCGUUGGUCGUGUUGGCUCCACAUCUGAGAACAUUACGCAGACCAUCCUGUGGGUCUACGAACCCGACAAGCGCUCGUAUCUGCUGGAUCUGCUCUCGUCUAUCCGCGAUGGCCCCGAAUACACCAAAGACAGCCUAACGCUGAUCUUUGUGGAGACUAAGAAGGGUGCAGACUCGCUGGAGGAGUUCCUGUACCAGUGUAAUCAUCCCGUGACCAGCAUCCACGGUGAUCGCACGCAGAAGGAGCGCGAGGAGGCACUGCGCUGCUUCCGCUCGGGCGACUGCCCCAUCCUGGUGGCUACAGCUGUGGCCGCUCGUGGCUUGGACAUUCCGCACGUGAAGCACGUUAUCAACUUUGACCUGCCCUCGGAUGUGGAGGAGUAUGUCCACCGUAUCGGACGUACCGGACGUAUGGGUAAUCUCGGUGUGGCCACAUCCUUUUUCAACGAAAAGAACCGCAACAUUUGCUCCGAUCUCUUGGAGCUGCUGAUCGAAACGAAGCAGGAGAUCCCCAGUUUCAUGGAGGACAUGAGCUCGGAUCGCGGCCAUGGCGGAGCCAAGCGUGCUGGACGAGGCGGUGGUGGACGUUAUGGUGGCGGCUUCGGCUCCAGGGAUUACCGUCAAAGCUCUGGCGGAGGCGGUGGCGGACGCAGUGGACCACCACCACGCAGCGGUGGCUCUGGAUCAGGAGGCGGCGGCGGCAGCUACCGCAGCAAUGGAAACUCGUACGGUAAGUUUGGCGGCAAUUCGGGCGGCGGUGGAUACUAUGGCGGCGGCGCCGGUGGUGGCUCCUAUGGCGGCUCCUACGGCGGCGGCAGUGCCUCGCACUCUUCGAACGCACCCGACUGGUGGGCUCAAUGAGCAAGGCCUCAGCUUCAGGCAAAGGACCUGGGCCAGCAGCAGCAGCAGCAUCAGCAGUCGCAUCGUAGCCACUUUCGCAACUAACCAAACGGAGUAAAACCAAGUCGAUAACAACCAUAUAUAUAUAUGUGCACACACGUAUACUAUAUAGGAACAGCAAAUGUGAAAGAGAAACUGUCUGUGCGCAGCGCAACACAAAUCACGAAAAUACAGAAAAGAUACACAGAUGCACCCUCCACCCCACCCUCGUUUAGCAAUUCACUCCUCUCUCACAACCUCAAAAACCAGGAGCAAGCGUUAAUAAUAAACUGUGCAAGUCCAUCGCGAAAGUAUAUUACAUUCAUGUAUAGCCAGCCCAAAAAGCCCAAGCCGCCCUCCAUUUUCAUCUCACCCAUCAUUAUAUUUUAUGGAUUCGAUGCGCGUAGUUGAAGGAUAUGCAAGCAAACACAUACAUAUUUAAAAUAUGCUAAACAACCACAAAUAUUAAGAAUAUUUAAGCAAAUGAUACAAUUUUUGAAUUUUUGUCCAUAAGUUACAAUUCUCACACAUCAUUUUUCUUGGAAGUCUUAAUAUACAUAAAUAUAUAUAUAUAUUCAUAUAUAUAUAUAUAUAUCUAGACAUAAUAUUGUCGAUGUCGGA